UCGUGCCUCUCUUCUUUUCAUCAAUGUCCUGAAAAUUCCUAGACAAAAUUCGGCGCCACGACCGAUCAAAAUCCUAGAAAAAAUUCGGCUGGACUAUCGAAAUCCUUCGGAAACAACGGUGGCUGAGGAACAAGUACGGACGUCCAGAGGAGUUUCACAUCCAUCAGUAAGCACAAAAUGGCCCACAUAAAGAGACGUCCUCAUGCGCGAAGCCAUCACAAGAUGAAGUUACGUCGUAAACCAAAUAUCUCGGAGCUGGUGUACAAAUUCCUGCGCCUUGGCGGGAGCAAAGAGGAAGCUUGUGAAGCGUUGCGAAAUUACAGUACGAGGUGUCGGUACUGCAAGCGGCGGAAACGCCGUGAAGAAGUUUUGGAUUGCCUAGAUUCUCGACCUGGCGGUAACAUGGCCAACAAACGGAAAGGUUCGGCAAGGAAUUCCAACAUUCACCGGGUGAAACGACGCCAAACCUCCAAGGACCACACCCUCUCGUCAUGCAUGUAUAAGGGCAAUGGAGGAGAAGGAAUAAGAAAAAUGAAAAGAUACAUCCAGAAGGCAAUCGAUUUCGGCGUAGAAUCUGGUUAUCUGAUCCCGAAAGACGCGGCGUACAAAGUUCUCCGUGUAUCUUCGGAUCUCAUGAACGAAGGCAAUUACGAAAGUAAGGAUAGAAAAUCGGACAGCACGGUUUCACAAGUUGGGGACGGAAGGCCUCGUCGAACGCCGAUUAGAUUCGAGGACUACGAGGUGCAGGACGCCAGGGGGCGACGACGUAGAAGCAGGAGGAGAAGAAGUUCAAGACGAAGGAGAUCCAGGAGUGGAUCCAGAAGAAGGCGAAGGAGAUCGCGAAGGAGAUCACGAAGAAGACACGGCAGGAGACGUGACGAAUCUGGUGCUGAGGAAGAAGUGGUAGAGAUCGAGAACGACGAUGAUUACGACUUCGAGAAACAGGGAGAUAAAAGGAAGAGUCCGGAUAACGCGAACGGAAGCGAGAAAAACGAACGUCUAAAUCAGUCCGAUGGUGAAAAAAAAGCAGAGAAGGCAGAGGACGAUGGUUCGGAUCUGUCCAUCGACGAGGACGAAAGUGACGACGAGGAAGGAAAAAAGAGAGAAGAUACGACAAAAUCGUAAACGUGGAUAUAUCGACAAAUUGAUCGUGUUGUGUCAAACUCAUACCUUGAGAUUAUGACGUCAAAUGAAACUGUUUAUUCAUAUAAAAAAGAUGAAAUGUCCCGUGAUAAUAUUUUUUUAUAGGAAUUCUUCUUUCAAUUGACAAUUAUGUAGAAUACUUAUUUAUGGUCGUGGUGAUUCAUACAAGUGUAGUCAUGAGUAAUAGGUUCACGUUUACAUUUUUUCACAAUAAAACAAUAUCGUGAAAUAUAUAAUUAGAUUUAUUCCACUCCAUAUCGCAAUAGUGGAAAUUAAUUUUACCCAUUUUCUUUGAAAAGAUAGGGUUUGAUACCAUUUGGAAUUUGAUUGAAAUUCAAGCUAUUUAUUUUAAUAAUUUUACAUAUGGAUAGAAACUUGAAUUCAACUAAUUUCAAACUUAAGCUUGAGUCACUUAAAUACAAGCAAUUUUAUUAAUUUGAACGAUAUUUACGUAAAAAAGUACAGCUAUAAAACAUUCCCACUAAGUACCUCUAAUACAACUACAUAAAUUCAGUCUAUCAUAAAGCGGCAGCCUAAUUUUCCUCUUCUGCCAACUAAUCGACUGUACCUCUACUAUUGCGAAUCUCCAAACCUCUUGCGAACCACGCGUCCCUUUCCUAUGGGAACGUUCACCUUCGUUCCAAACAAGUAAACGACCUCUGAUAGAAUUAUUAAA